GCGUGACCUCAGUCCUGCCUGAAGCUCUCACCCGCAUGGAGUAGGGUUGAAGCAGCAUUAGCCUAACCCUGCAACAGUGCUAAAUCAAGUGCAACGGUGUCGAUACAGGAUCACUGAUGUGAGAGGACAUUCUGGAUCUCAAAGCUGAAGGUAAUAGUGCACAAUAGAGUCUGAAAGACUCUUACCUCAACCUCCCUAAACAGUUUGGAGACGUGGGGACUGGAUGCUGGAGAGAAGGAGAGCCCUCUCACUGAACUGAUCAAGCGAACCGAGUACGACAAGCUACAAUUUUCUUUCUGACAGGUGAAAGACGCCCUACCAAAAUCCAUAGACGCCGAACUGCAUGAUCUGAAACCAUGAGAUUGGAUUGUGGUGAAGGACCUGAGGAGGAAGAACUGGAGAGCACAAAGGUGGAACGGGCCAUAUCAAGUUCUUCUCACCACACAGACGGCAGUGAAGGUCGCGGAGAGGGCAACCUGGAUACAUGCAAGCCAUUGCAAGAUGGUACCCGAGCCAGGGGAGGAUUCUUCAGGACAGAACGUGCGUUGAUGUCAGCAGGUGUGCUUUCAGCCUUCGAUUGUUUCGUGCCCACAAGUAAAGGGAUGUGGAAAUCAUCGGAGCUACACGUCUCUAAAAUUCAAAGAGAGGCGACACACUGAUUAAGAAGUUGACAAGCAGAACACUGCUACUAUUCAAUGGCGCCGAUGGACAAACAGUGGCAUCUGAUGGGACGGCUGGUGCGCGGUUGGAGGGAAGGGAAGUGCUCCCUGUUCUUGCUGACUGUCAUCUUCGUCCUACCACUGCUGCUGUGGAGAACAAGCCAAAACAACUCGAGCAUAAAUGAAAUAACUGAAAGAGAACUUUCGUUUGAUCUCUCUGAUGAACAAAUUAAACCUGAAAAUAAUGCAUGGUAUGAGUCCAUGAAGGUAAUCGCUAGAAAAAUAACUAAUGAGAGCUGUUAUGUCUGUGCACAACUUCCUCAUGGUGUGGGUACUACUCUCCCACUUAAGACCAUCCCACUAAACACCUCAGAGACAUUAGGAGUACUGAUAGCUUUCACUCAGGGGAUUUCACUAAAGAAUAGGAAUGUGAGAGACAUGACUAGUACCCUUGAACUACUGAAUAUCAGUGUAGUUAAUUAUGGGGGUUCCACAGCACGAUUCUGGGAUAUGUCUUUGGUGGCAGAUCAGGAAAUUCACCAACCUGUGAUGACAAUAAACCCCACCGGACAGUUAGGCACUGUUUGUUUUGCUAGACGAUGUUUUAAAGCUGAGGAUCACUAUCUGGGAACUUCACCAUGUAAGCAAAAGGUUGUAGCUACUUGUGGUUUGAUAUGGGAUCGGGGAGCAGCAGGAACAUGCAAAUAUAACGUACCAUUUGUUGCUCCGUUAAAUGUAACUAAUACCAUCAGUUUACAUAGACCAGGUUAUGACAACCCGGUUGUUAGAAUACCUUCUAGUGAUGGGUAUGGGUCUUUGAGGGAACAUGUGUGGGUGUGUGGGAAAUAUGUUUACCAGUCACUCCGACUGGGGUGGUGUGGGACUUGUUAUUUCGCCAAAUUAGUACCCUCUGUUACUUUGUUAUCUAACCUCACCCACUUCCAUACAGAUUAUGCUCACUAUUAUGUGCCAUUCAGACAUAAGCGUUCCACAUUAAGAGUGUCUCCAGGAGAGAAAGGAUUCGGAGGACUUUUCCCCUGGUGGGGAACUGUGAACAAUGUACACAGGAUAGAUGAAAUUGCUCUGGAACUGGAAAAUUUAACAGCUUUAGUGGGAGAGGGUUUUUCAUCUCUUUCUCCAAGUAUUCAAGGUAUCAGAAAUGUGGCUUUGCAGAAUAGAGUGGCUUUGGAUUUGAUGCUCGCAAGUCAAGGGGGUGUUUGCCACAUAAUCGGAACAGAUUGCUGCACAUACAUACCGGACAUUUUUGAUAAUAUGACACAUAUAGUUUCCCAUCUAAAUGACCUAUUCUUUGAGGAGAAGAACAAGGACUCUCAAAUUCCUGAAGGAUGGGAUUGGGGGUCAUGGUUAACUCUAACAGGUUGGAAAAAUGUAUUGUUUAAAUUUUUGACGCCUAUUCUGAUUCUAACCCUAACCCAUUUUGUGUAUUAGUGUUGAUGGUAUGUUUUAUUGUUCCUUGUGUUAAGACUAUGGUUACAUCCCUAAUUAAGUCUAUGAUUGGACAAUAUGUUCAACUUUCUGAAACUCAUCCAUCUUGGACACUUCCCUUUCAGGAUGAUGAGAUGAUUUGAAGAUGUUUAGAGGAUGUUGAGCCCUUAAGGCUCAAGGGGAGGAUUGUGAUAGAAAUUUUACUAUUAGGGCAAUGAUUGAUAUGAGGAACUACUUUGAUGUUUCGAAAGAUAACAAAUGUUGCCUGAGAAGUCAGGGUUGCACUCAAACCUGUUAUAUGACUUCUUCACUGACAGGGUCACCAAACAAAGACUUAACAGAACGGGGAAUUUGUGGUUGUAAACAUUGGGAAAGGGAUCUUGAAAAACAGUUUUACAUUCCAAGGGUCUGGGAAAGAGUAGGUGACAGGAUAUUGGUCACCUAUUGCUUAACAUGAAAGAGGUUGAUCAAUGACAUUUGUCUCCUCUCUAGGAGGGGCUUGGAGAUGUAUAAAGUGCUGCGUUUCUUGUAUGUCAUUGCUCAU